AUGGUGGACGUUUUUAAGGGAUCAGUAGUACAACCAGUAGCUCAAGCAUUAAAUAAUUCAUUAAGAUUAGAAAUGGAUACAAUUAAAGAGAUUGAAAUGCCACAAUCUGUUAUUCAAACCGUAUCAAAUAUUACUUCAACUGUAGCAUUAUCAUCAAUGAAUAUAUCACAGUCAAUUCCAAAUGUUUCACAAACUAGAGAAAGUUUAAAAGAAAUCGAUUUAUAUAAUGGUUCAUUACUUUUAAGAAACUUUGAAGUUAAAUUGAAGCAAAUUAGAACUAAUGGUCAAAUCCUUGGUGAGCGUGCCGAGGAAGUGGAUAAAAAAUUCCCAGAAGUAAUAAGAGUAUGCUCUUCCAAUACUGAUCAAUGGAAAAAGGCUGAAGUCGAAUUUAAUAAAAUCACAGAAAUUAAUACCUUGGUCGAAUCAAUUCAAUUAAAUAUCGAAUCUGUUAUCUCUAAAAUUGAAUCUUUAGAAAUUCAAUUAUCAAUCGAUAUAGAUAACUAUUUAGAAAAUGAAUUGUAUAAAUGGAAGGAAAAGAAGGAGUCUGAAAUUGUAAAGCUUGAUAAUGCCAAAAAACUUGAACUCAAUAAACUUCAAGAGGAUUUAUCAAUUCAAUAUCAAAGAUAUGAAAGAGAGAAAAUACUAAAAGAAAGACAAGCAUUGUUAGAAAAAGAAAAAGAAAGAAAAUCUUCAAAUCCACCAGUAUAUCAAAAACCAAUAUUAAAUAGUAAUGGUUUAAAUAAUAGUAAUAAUAGUAUUAUAAAUAAUAGUAAUGAUAGUAUCAAUAUCAAUAACAAUAUUAUAAAUAAUAAUAAUAAUAAUAAUAAUAAUAAUAAUAAUAAUAAUAAUAAUAAUAAUAAUAAUAAUAAUAAUAAUGAUAAUAAUAAUAAUAAUAAUAAUAACAAUAAUAAUAAUAAUAGCAUUAAUAAAAAUAAUAUGAACGAAAUUGAACAGAAGGAGAGCGUUACAAUUGAUAACAUUGUUAUUGAAAAUACAAAUAAAGAAGAGCUUGAAUCAUUUUUAGAAGAUAGUCCAAAAGAAGAAGAG